CACUGUUCUUAUGAACCUUCCAAACGCUUGAGCACUCCCACAUUGUUGCCCGCAUCGUCGUCUAUCCAGGAUCACUACCCCAUCAUCCAGCUCCAUACCACCUUCAUGGCCAUACAACUGUACACCACCCUCACAUACAACACCGUUUACCGAACGGAAUAACACCCCGUUCUAACCACUGCUCCCAUUGAGCAUCACCUCGUCAACACCUUCUCGACGCAACACCAGCACAAUGCGCUCUUCAUUGGGCUCCCAGUCCGCUGCCAGCGAUAGCUGGACGUCGAUCAAACUGUAUACAAGCUACCACACCAAGGACAGAUCACUUGAAUACAACGAUGACAACGAAUCAUCAGCCCAAGUUGCCAGUAUACCCUCCUCCAGUUACAGCGGCGACUUGGCGUCCGAUAUUGCACAAUGUGACCUCGUCACUGGCGCUCGUGAGAUGCCCUAUCGCGCUAGAUCUCACGGAUGCUCAACGGAGACCGCAAGCUCGGACCAGACCUUCUUUGCCGACGAGGUCAUGGAUCGCCAGGAAACCGUAGCUACAACUCCACCUCUGGCAACUAGCCAGUCCCUUCCCAAAGGCCCUUCUCUCACUGCAUCGGUCCUAGGGCAAUACAGUGAGGUAACGGCCCAGCCCUACGUUGGCAACAUACCCAGCUGGAUUGAGGGCGCCGGCUUCGUUGGUCGGCUUGCCAGACCUGUGGUGUCCGAAAAUCCUCCGACCACAAAGCCUCCCAAGUCCAAGCAAAGCAUUUCGAGCAGCGUCGGAUCUGACUGGGCGUAUGUUCCCUCGUCCCCGGAGCAGGCGAGCCUGAUUGCGGGUUCAGGCGGAUGGUGCGGGGAGCCAGAUGGCAGACAUCUCCCUCGAGUCUCGACCCUCGACCUGUUUGAGGACCCUAUGCCUCUUCCUGCUUGAAAAGCACAUUGCUUUUGUGCUCUGGCUCACAUCGGCGUCAUGUAUGUGAUGUUGAUAAUGUUCUGUCCUUCGUCUGUACUUUCCCUGGACAGUCAAUCCUUCCUUUGUCCUGUUGCUUUCCGAAUGGGACAGUCUUGCCCUGAUUGUUUCACUACCCUCCCAUUUACCCAGCCUUGUGUUACCUCCACCUGUCUGUUCUCAUUCAAUGGUUUUCCCCUUUACUUGGACUUUGUUUGCGUUCCAUGUUCAGGUAACAUCGCGGGAAAGCGUAGUCGAGUGGCAUUUUGUUAUCGCAAGCAAAAGGAUGGGACGUUGGGCUCAAGCUUGGACAACGGCUUACACCUCAUGGCAGAAUAGAGAUGGAAAAACCAAUGACUGUAUGUUGGUUGACGAACGGAGAUAAUUGUAAGUUUGGGAUAAUGGUUGCUUUCAUUGUAUAGAGUCUAGGACGUCCACGAUAGUAAUAUGAUCACGAUGUUCUUGUGA